AUGUCGUCAGGGACUUUUGUGGACCGGAUAGACCCCUUCGCUAAGCGAUCCCUCAAGAAAAAAUCCAAGAAGUCGCAGGGAUCCUCCCGCUACCGCAACUCGCAGGAUGUGGAGCUCCAGCAGUUGCCACUGCUCAAAGAUUGCAAUGCUGCAGAACAGGAAGAAUUAUUUAUCAAGAAGCUCCGCCAAUGCUGCGUGGCGUUUGAUUUUAUGGAUCCAAUGGCUGAUCUCAAAGGCAAGGAAAUUAAACGGAGUACGCUCAAUGAAUUGGUGGAAUAUAUCACAGCGGGACGAGGUGUUCUUACUGAGCCCAUUUAUCCAGAAACCAUUAAGAUGGUGUCUGCAAAUUUAUUCCGAACGUUGCCACCUAGUGAAAACCCGGAUUUUGAUCCCGAAGAGGACGAUCCAACUCUGGAGGCUAGUUGGCCCCAUCUUCAGUUGGUUUACGAAGUCUUCCUCCGUUUUCUCGAGUCUUCAGAUUUCCAGCCUGCCAUUGGCAAAAAAGUUAUUGACCAAAAAUUCGUGUUACAGUUAUUGGAUUUAUUUGAUUCGGAAGAUCCAAGGGAAAGGGAUUUCCUGAAAACUGUUUUGCAUCGUAUUUAUGGCAAGUUCCUAGGUCUUAGAGCCUUUAUACGCAAACAAAUAAACAACAUUUUUCUGAGGUUUGUGUAUGAAACGGAACAUUUUAACGGAGUUGGUGAAUUACUUGAAAUUUUGGGUAGCAUUAUUAACGGAUUUGCUCUUCCCUUAAAAGUUGAGCACAAGCAAUUUUUGGUUAAGGUGCUGUUACCACUACAUAAAGUGAAAUGUUUAUCACUAUAUCAUGCGCAAUUAGCUUAUUGUGUGGUGCAAUUUUUGGAAAAGGAUGCGUCUUUAACAGAACCAGUCGUACGAGGCCUGCUUAAGUUCUGGCCUAAAACGUGUAGCCAGAAAGAAGUGAUGUUCCUUGGCGAAAUCGAAGAAAUACUGGACGUUAUAGAACCUAGCCAAUUUGUUAAAAUACAAGAACCUUUAUUCAGGCAAAUUGCACGCUGCGUAUCUUCACCACAUUUUCAGGUCGCGGAGAGAGCAUUGUACUUUUGGAAUAAUGAAUAUAUAAUGUCUCUAAUUGAGGAAAACAAUCAUGUAAUAAUGGGGAUUAUGUUUCCAGCAUUGUACAGAAUUAGCAAGGAACAUUGGAAUCAGACGAUCAUAGCUCUUGUUUAUAAUGUUUUAAAGACAUUUAUGGAGAUGAACAGCAAGCUCUUUGAUGAACUUACUGCCAGCUAUAAGUCUGAGAGGCAAAAAGAAAAGAAGAGAGAGAAGGAGAGGGACGAAUUGUGGAAGAAACUGAGCGAAUUGGAGAUAGAACGACGUAAUGCUCUCGAACGUAAUGCUCUUACAGCUACCUCCAAUAAUCCAGUUCCUGCCACCAACACACCUACGACACGAGCCCGCCCCUGAGCUAAUGGAAAUACAGUGCCACGCUGCCCGAUUGUUAGACCUUAGUUUACGUCGAGUGUCCAUAUACCAUACGUGAAAAAUUAUUGUUGUUAGUGAAACGAAGUGUCUCACACAAUGGCAUUCUUGACAAAUAUAAUUAAUUUUAUUAGUUGUGACUGGAAUGGCAGAAUAGUGGAAGAAGGAAACCAUGAAAAGACAUUGUAAUUAAUUACGCAAUUUUAAUGUUCUUACAACAAUAACAACAUCAACAGCAAUGUGAUCAGUGAAUUCCAAAUGAUUUUAUAUGUGUAUGUUGGAGUACGUCCACACUUUUGUUCCUCUUCCGUUCUUUUUUGCGGGAUGGUAACGGUCUCGAUUGCAUGAUGUACUCAGUGUUAGCACGCAUUGCGACAGUGUGCCGAUUUCUUUUUGUCUGAGAUUUCGUUGCGCUCUCGGUAGAAGGGGACAAUCGUGGUAUAAAGUUUGAAUGGACAAAGUUACACACACACACACACACACACACACACGUUGUUGUGAUUCUUAUGUUCAUUUUUGGAGGACGCGACACUUUGUGCAUUCUCCGACGGCCAGCGUGUCGCCUCCUGACUGACCCUUACGCUGGUUUUUGUAACUUGAACGGAACCAGCACGGGGGUGUUUGAAUAUAUGUAUCAUAUAUUCGUAUUAACGAUAAUGAUAAUUAUAACAGGUACGUAAUAAAUUAGAUAAAUGAAAACAAAUAUAAAUAUACAUAUAAUAUAUGCGUGUAUAUAUACAUAUAUAUAUACACAUAUACAUUUUACAUACAUAUGUAUGUGUAUAUAUGUAUAGACACGGUAUAAAGAAAAAGGAAUAUAGUAAUAUGAGAUACGAGAGGCAAGUCAGACGGAGAGGACACGCGUACACCAAAUUGCGAUGAAUGGGAAAAAAAAAAAAUACGCGCGUAACGUACAUAGGCCGAUGUGCUACCAACACAGACUGCUGUGGCUGUUAUACGUGCCCCGCAGCGAGUUGACGUAAAUCUUUUUCAAGAGUAUGAAGGCACACGCGAAUAGUUAAUGAAUGAUCCAAUUCAUUGUGGGGAGAAAAAGACGCGAGAAAGAAAGAAAUAUAUACAUAUAUAUAUACAUAUAUGUAUAUAUGUAUGUUGUUUUUUAAAUAGAAAAGGAGGAAGAAAUAAUAUAUAAGAGCGAGGGAACGAGAGGAGUAUACAAUAAAGAAAGAGAGAGAAAUAAAUUGAUUGUACCAAAAAAUAUCCGUUGCUUAUAAAUAUAAUUACGUGAUACGGCGCGCAGAUAUAAGGAUCCACUUUGGAGCUGUGCUCCCACACUGGCAACCGUAUAGGAAAACCGUGGGAUCGUUUUUAAAAUUUCUUACCAUUGCAUAAUAGUAACUAAUAAUAAGGAUAACGAUAACAAUAAAAGAGAAUAAUUAAAACAAAAUAAUAAACGACAAUGAUAAACAACUACUAAUAGUACACAAGUAAAAUAAAAUAGUUAACAGAAAUGGGUGAUCGCUUACUCAUAUUUUCAUGGAGGACAUUCGAGGGAAAACGCACUAUUGCCAUUGUUCUUAACUGUUUUUUUUUUAUUCCUCAAGUUUAUCGUCGAACGUUUCUCACACAUGACUUGUACACAACUUGUACUUGCUCGCUUUGCGUUAUGCUCCGUUCACCAUCGCUAUGUAAAACUCGUACGGUGACAGAGAGAAAGGGAGAGAGCGAAAGAGAGAGAGAAAGAGAGAGUGACAUAUACAUAUAUAAAUAUAAAUAUAUAUAUAUAAAAUUAUUGUAAAAUAAUGUAAUGUGACUUGAAGACGUAGGCGAGAGUCCGAGAAAAGAUUCUUUACGCGUAAAUAGAUACACAUUUAUUAAAAAA